GCGCCUGUGAUUGGCUGGGAUUUUCCAGUCGCCAAUAUCAACCAACUUCACCAUUGCCCGCUAUAGCUCCUCCCCUCUACAUCCAGCAACACACUUCUGCAGUCUUUGCUUAAACUGAUCUGUGUCCAGGAAUAAUCUAAAAUGAAAUACCUCGCUGCUUACCUUUUGUUGACUGCCGGUGGCAAUGCCGCUCCCUCUAGCGAAGACAUCAAGGCUGUCCUCGCCUCCGUUGGUGUCGAGGCUGAAGAUGAGCGUGUCGCUUCCCUCCUCUCUGCUGUUCAAGGCAAGAACGUCAACGAGUUGAUUGAGGAAGGUAGAGCCAAGCUUGCCUCCGUUCCCUCUGGUGGUGCUGUCUCUGGUGGUGCUGCCGCUGCUGGUGGUGCUGCCGCUGGUUCCGCCGAAGAGGCUGUCGAGGAGAACAAGGAAGAGGAGAAGGAGGAGUCUGAUGAUGACAUGGGCUUCGGUCUCUUCGACUAAGCUCCAUAAUGUGUCUACAUUAACCUUUUUGAUGAAAUAAAAAUUAAAAAGCUCCCCUUUGUCUACAAAGGGUCUCCCUUUUCCAAAUACGAUUGAUUGUGCAAAUGGACUUGUGUAUGAACAGUUUGAGAAUGCUAUAGACGCUCUAUACAGCCGAACAAAUCCCAAUGACGGAUAUAUCACCUUGACUUGGCACAAAAUGACAGUGCUCUGUCAGGCUAUGUUUCUUAACAUCAACACGCACCG